AUGGCCGGCCGCGAACAAAAUAACCUCCUUUGGCGCGGAUUGGUUGACUUGGCGCUUUGGGCGCGUUGGGCGCUUCGGUCGCGCUUACGUCACUAUGUUGGCUUCUUGUUUGCAUUGAAAAGUGGUGGAGAUGGUGUCGCUGCUCUUUCCUGGGAGCUACUACUCCCUAGCUUGAUUUGUUUCUUUGGUGGUUCCAUGAAUGGAUCCUUCUUUUUCUUCAUGGCCUCACUUCCUUUUGUCCUUGCCAUUGGGUACCUACAAGAGCAAAUUCUUGGGAAGAGAUAUGAGUUUAUGAAUAAUUUCAUAAGAGAGAUGAGCUAA